AUGAGGAACUCAGCCGAUUCGACAGACUCACCGUCAGCAGAUGGUCGACGACAGUAUGAAGACGUUGCCAUCGUCGGAAUGUCCUGCAGAACUGCUGGUGGUAACGACUCGCCAGAAAAAUUGUGGCAGUUCUUGUUGGACAAGAAAGAUGCCUCAGGAGAGGUCCCCCGAUGGCGUUGGGAGCCAUGGUUGCGACGAGAUGUUCGCAAUGUCAAAGAGGUUGAGAAGACAAUCUCCACGGGGUAUUUCAUCCAAGAUUUGGAGAAGUUUGAUGCUUCGUUUUUUGGUAUCUCGCCUAAGGAAGCCGAGCAGAUGGAUCCUCACCAACGUCUGGGUCUUGAACUCAGCUGGGAAGCCCUGGAAAAUGCAGGCAUCGAUCCUAAGUCUCUAGCGGGCUCUGAUACCGCUGUUUUCAUGGGCGUUGACUCAGAUGAUUACUCGCGUCUGCUGCUUGAAGACCUGGCUAACAUAGAGGCCUGGAUGGGCAUAGGCACAGCGGCUCACGGAAUCCCUAAUAGAAUCUCGUACCACUUAGAUCUCAUGGGCCCUAGUACAGCAGUCGAUUGCGCCUGUGCAUCCUCUCUUACUGCCGUACACAUGGGUUGCCGAGCUAUCACAAAUGGCGAGUCGCGGAUCGCCAUCGUAGGUGGUGUAAAUGUGCUCCUUGCACCAGCCCUCACACGUAUGCUAGGUAAAGCCGGAGCGUUGUCCCCCGAGGGUAUCUGUCGUUCGUUUGACGAUGAAGCUAAUGGCUACGCUCGCGGCGAGGGAGGUGCCAUUGUGAUUCUCAAAAGCGUCGCCAGUGCCAUUGCGGAUGGGGACAACAUUCUUGCUAUCGUCAAGGGAAGUGCUAUAGCCCAAGAUGGAAAAACAAAUGGUAUCAUGGCUCCCAAUGCGAAGGCUCAGGAAUUGGUAGCCCGACAGGCCUUGGCGCGAGCGGGCGUCGACCCCUUGACAGUUUCUUUUAUCGAGGCCCAUGCGACAUCUACUCCAUUGGGUGAUCCUACCGAGAUCUCUGCAAUCCAAGCGGUAUACGGUGAAGGAGCGGGCAGGGAUGCUCUCAAACCAGCAAUGAUGGGCUCUAUCAAGCCUAACGUCGGCCAUUUAGAAGCUGCUGCUGGUAUCAUUGGGCUCGUGAAAGCUGUCCUUUCUGUUAACAAAGGGCAAUUAGCACCGCAGACCCGACUGAACAAGCUUAACUCUAGAGUAGAUUGGGAAAAGUCUGGCUUGCAGGUUGUCCGGGAAGUGACUGAUUGGUCGAACGAGAGCGGGCCCAGGAGAGCAGCAGUUUGCUCAUACGGCUAUGGUGGAACUGUCUCCCAUGCUAUCAUCGAGGAAUUCGUUGGCAGAACCUUUGAAGCUCUUUUAGAUUUCAAGCCUUAUACAGCGAGUCCCACACUUCUUGUGAUUUCGGCCCAGCAAGAGAAGAGAUUGGCACAACAGGCCAAGUUGUUAGCUGAAUGGCUUUCUUCUUCCGGCAAGAGCGAGGACUUGAAUGCCGUCGCUAAUACUCUCGCUCAACGUCGGGCUCACCACGAUUAUAGAGCGGCAUUCUUUGUCAACAGUCAGAGCGAAGCCAUUGAAGCCUUGAAUAAAUUUGCUGCAGGCAACCAAGACGACGCAGAUCCUAUAGCAUCAGGACGAGUUCUAGGUAAUGGUGCAGGCCUAGCGAGACACGCAGUCUGGGUUUUUUCCGGACAUGGUGCUCAAUGGAAGGAUAUGGGAAAGGAGCUAAUUAAUAACCUUGUUUUCCGCCGAGUGGUUAAUUUGUUGGAGCCUAUUUACCAAAACGAAGCUGGAUUCUCUCUUGUACAUGUGCUUGAGCACGGUGACUUCGACACUUCGGAUCGGGUUCAGUCAGUCACAUAUGCCAUACAAAUCGGCCUCCUCCAUGUUUUAAAGGCUACGGGACUUGAACCUCAGGCUAUUAUCGGCCAUUCCGUAGGAGAGAUUGCUGCCUCUGUUGCAGCAGGUUGUCUCACCCUUGAGGAGGGUGCACUGGUAGUGAUUCGACGAGCCAAGCUGUACGCCAAGGUGCAAGGGCUUGGGGGUAUGGCACUUGUUAAUCUCCCGUUCGCUCAGGUUACAGAGGAGCUCAAAGGCAGAACAGACCUAGUUGCUGCGAUUGAUUCUUCUCCUUCGACAUGCGUAGUGAGUGGAGACGAAGCAGCUGUAGCCAAAUAUGUUGAAAGUCUCAAAACUUCCGGAGUGAAGACCUUCCGCGUCAAGACAGAUGUUGCUUUCCACAGCCCCAUGCUCAAUCAGCUUUCUGAGCCCCUCAAGGAAGCCUUAACUAAGUCACUUCAUCCCGAUUCUGCAAAGAUUCCUCUCUAUUCAACCUCCAGUAGUGACUUGCGGACCAAGGCGGCGAGAGACGCAGAUUACUGGGUUCAUAAUAUGGUUAGCCCCGUCCAUCUCAAAUCAGCUGUUGAUGCUGCCGCCGAGGAUGGCUACCGUAUCUUCAUUGAGGUGUCCUCACAUCCCAUUGUCAUGCACUCAGUAAUUGAGACUUUGGUGGCACGAAACAUCGACGAAAACGACUUUGCUACUUUUUCGACCAUGAAGCGAGAUACUUUAGCGAGCAAGACUAUCUCCAACGCCGUGGCUCAACUGUACACCAAGGGUGCUCAUAUUAAUUUCGAGGCACUGCUUGGCCCUAAGCAACUGUGGAGCAAGACUGUUCCGGGUACCCCAUGGGUACAUAAGCCAUACUGGAAGCAAGUCGAGUCGGGACCCCUGGGUGAAGGCAUUACUCAUGAUGUUGAGAAACAUACUUUGCUAGGACAGCGUGUCCCCGUUGCAGGUUCAGAAACAAUUGUUUACACGACUAAGCUCGAUGACAAAACCAAACCUUUCCCCGGUACUCACCCACUCGAUGGCACUGAGAUUAUCCCCGCCGCUGUGUACAUCAAUACGUUCCACUAUGCCACUGGUGCUACGGAGCUGUCCAACAUCAGCCUUCGAGUACCAGUAUCUAUGGGUCCCGAAACUCGCAAUGUACAAAUAAUCGUUCAAGGCGAUACCGUCAGUGUUGCCUCCAGCGCAAUUUCGGAUGCGGACAAGCAGAGCUGGGUGUCUCAUGGCUCUGUGAAAUGGAGUAACGUCCACCGAGUUGCGCCACCCGACGAACCUUUCGACGUUGAAUCCAUCAAGAAGCGCAUUGGCACGCGUUUGCCCAACAGCUUCUCCGUAGAUUACUUGACUAAAAUUGGCGUGGCGGGUAUUGCUUUCCCCUGGCAGGUUGUCGAGCACUAUGGCAAUGAGAAGGAGAUGAUUGCCAAAGUCGAUAUGGAUCCGGCUGUCGAGAAGCUUCCUUGGGACGAGCGUUCGUGGGCGCCCAUGCUUGAUGCUGCCACGUCAAUUGGAUCUACCAUUUAUUUCAACGAUCCCAAGCUGCGCAUUGUCUCACAGAUCGACACUGUCAGUUUGUAUGCAACUGGACCAAUUCCUAAAAUUGGGUAUUUGUUCGUUGAGGAGGCGGCUGAUGCAAAAGGACCAGCUUCCCAUGUCAGUGUACUAGAUGAGCAAGGAGUCAUCCUUGCGAAAUUCACGUCGAUGAGAUUUUCAGAGGUUGAGGGUGCCAGUGGCAGUGGUGGCGGAUUAGAUAGUCUUGUCCACCACAUUUCAUGGAUUCCUCCGAAAUUCUCGGAAAAGCCGCGCGCACUGGACCAAGUAGUGUUGGUCUCAACCGAUUCGGAAGUUCUCGAUACAUACGCCAAGCAACUAGAACCUCAGGUGAAAAAGCUCUUCAAAUUGAGUAGCGUCGAGCAACUGGAAAACUCAGAUAUUCUGUCGGCGUUAGGUAAGAAUGACUUUACGUCUCCGGUAUUAGAACUGACGCUUUUGUGGAGUGUAGGUGAGAAAGGAAGCGCAGUUUUCUACAUUCCCAGCAGUGUCGAGACGCUAGAAGAAGUGUCCGCGGCCUCGAAAGAUUUCAUCUGGAACACAACCAGCAUAGCCAAACUACUCCUCGAAAAAUCCCUGGCUUCAACCUGCAAGUUCUAUGUGAUCACGAACCGCGCGUAUGCUGGAGAGACGACCACAGGACUUGCUCACAGUGCUUUAUACGGUCUUUGUCGUAUCAUCGCUGCUGAGCACCCUGAUAUCUGGGGAGGUUUGAUUGAUAACGAAUCGUCCUCUGUGUUCCCACUACUGGCCACCAAGUACGUACAGAACCAGGAUAUCAUUCGUGUCGUCGAUGGUAUGCCACGAUGCGCAAUGAUGCGACCCCUACCAAGAGACCAGCGCUAUACCCCACAAAAUGCCAAAACACUUCUGCCUAAACCCGAGGGAACCUAUGUGAUAACUGGAGGGUUGGGAGACUUGGGUCUCGAGACCAUCAACUUUUUGGUCGAGAAAGGUGCACACCGUAUCGUGACUGUUUCCCGUAGCGGUCUACCUCCUCGUAGUACUUGGCCAGAUCGGUCAUCUAACGAUCCCAAGUUUGCAGCCAUGGUCCAGCGUAUUCAGGAGUUCGAGACUUUGGGUGCUACCAUUUACGCUCUAUCGUUGGACAUAUCCGCACCUGAUGCGUCAGACAAGUUGCUGGCCGCGAUUGACAGCCUGUCCCUCCCUCCAGUCCUUGGUGUCAUCCAUGCAUCUGGUGUUCUCGAAGACAGCCUACUUCUUGAAACAACAAAAGACUCCUUCGGACGAGUUCUCGCACCCAAGAUUGACGGUUCAAUCACGUUGCACAAGGCCUUCCCACCAGGGACUGUCGACUUUUUCGUCCUCUACUCCAGUAUCGGUCAACUUGUCGGUACCGCAGGCCAAGCCUCAUACGGUUCCGGAAACGCCUUCUUGGACGGACUGGCCAUGUACCGUCGUGCUCAUGGCGACAACGCCGUUGCCUUCCAAUGGACUGCUUGGCGCGGUAAGGGCAUGGCAACCAGCACCGAUUUUUUGACGCUGGAGUUGCAGAGUAAGGGAAUCACCGAUAUCUCGAGCGAAGAGGCUUUCCGCGCAUGGGAACACGUGGGCAAGUACAAUGUUGAGACUGCCGUGAUAACGAGGUGUCUUGUUCUCGAUGAGGGUGAAGCCGUGUCAGUGCCUAUGCUGGAUCAAGUCGUAGUACGUCGAAGUAGAGCCACAAAUGGUUCUGCUCCGGCUACCGAAGAGGGAAGCAACACUUCCUCAGAUGCCCGACCAACUGCGCCUGCGGAUUUGGAGAAAUGGCUGAAUGUAAAAAUUCGGGAGUGUAUUGGUGCAGUCCUAAUGAUCCCUGAUAUUGAUGACAUUGAUCCGCUGGUACCUUUGGGUGAGCUGGGAGUCGAUAGUGUCAUGACGGUGGCAUUAAGACAGAAGCUGCAAUCCGCGCUAAAGGUCAAGGUCCCGCCCACUUUGACGUGGAAUCACCCAACCGUCAAUCAUCUGGUUCCUUGGUUCAUGGCGAAGUUCAAGGAGGAGUCGGGAUAG